CGAGAUUUCCACCAACCUCUCUCCCAUUCUAGUUUUUGCAACCCCAUCAUCCACGGUGUCAACAGAAGCAGGAUCAAGCACCCAACCCGCAACACCAGACCUUGCGUUAGCCAACAUGUCGGACAGACCACCCAAGCGGCCUCGUCAUGGAGGCGAGAAGUCCCUCCAGGACGGGCCCGACCGCCGCAAUCGCAAGGCGGAAGCCGGCCGGGACCGCGACCGACGCGACAACCGCCGGGACGACGACGACGGCAGAGAGCACCGCCAGUAUCGUGCGCGUUCGGCGGAGAGGCAGGACCGGAAGCGGGACGCCGACCGCCGGAGAGACGAGGAGCAGAGCAGAAAGCUGGGCCGCGACAAGGAUCGCGAAAAGGGGCGGCAGCGGGAUAGGGACGAUAGGCCGAGGGACGGGGAGCCCAGGCCAAAGAAAGGUGAGUCUGUCCCUGCAGAAAUAUCGGGGGUUUGUUUUCCCAGAAGGCUAACCCUCCAUCUCCUAGACAAAGGCCACAAUUCAAGAGACCGUGAUCCGGCCCGCGACCCAGAGCGCUCUGCAUCACCGCGCCGCUCUGCCAGCCCUUCAAGAGGGAAAGCACAUGACCGAGAGCCGAAUGUCCCCCGCCGGCCGAAGAAGGAGAAGGCCAGCACUCCGUCGGCGCCGUUGUCUUUCAAGAUGGGUGCUCAAGACGGAGAGCAGAGCAGAGGGAGAGACCGUGAGCAGGACAGCGGAGCUGCUAGCCACAAUACUCAAGAGGAAGCCGUGAGCAGGGGCAAGCGAGACGACACAGCAAUGGAUGAGGACGACCAGGACGAUGACGACGUCGUGGUUAUGGACGAUGACAUGGAAGCGAUGAAGGCGAUAAUGGGUUUUGGAAGUUUUGGUACGACUAAAAACACCAAAGUUACCGGCAACAAUAUUGGGGCGGUGCGUAAAGAGAAGAAGACCGAGUAUCGGCAGUACAUGAACCGGGUGGGCGGGUUCAACCGCCCACUCAGCCCCGGUCACUAGAUUUGGCAAGCACCGUAAGCCACUGGUCCUCGAAGGGCUGCGAAGGCUCGAAUUGGCGUCUCUCAAGUUCAGUUUUGAUACCCCGACAGCUUUUACAGGACUCGUAGUCUGUCGAUAUCCUAGGCACAGAUACAAUGAAUAUGAGCUUGGUCGCAAUUAAUUACCUACCUCCUUCCUCAGACACUGCUCGGACCUUGCCCUUUUGAUAGACCACUCAUUCUCCUCGUG